AUGGCGUCAUCGCACGGUCGAGCAUUGAAGCUGAUCAAAGUGAAGCCUCAUCCCCAGUUUGCUCGCUUCGUGUCAGAGAAUCUACGCCGUUUCAGCUACAUGCGAGAGCCGGCAACUGGUUUCGGUUCCAAUUUCAAUUCCAAUGAUGAAGAUAAUGGUGCAAGAGAAGUCCAGAAUCCGCCAAACCCCAUACCAAAUAGACCCUUAAGAGGCGAGAGAGGCCAGAGGCCCUCAUACAAUCCUCAGUCUCAGUCUCACCCUACUCCUAGAGGACCCAGAAAUGCCAAGCUUUCUGGCUCGCCUAGGAAUACGAAUCAAUAUCAACAUCAACACCAGCCAUCGGAUGAUGCUUUUCUCGAGAAAUUCAAGCUUCGCCUUGACAGAAACAAGGAGAGCGAAAUCCCCCUACCUAACGAUCCUGCUGCUGCUAGUGCUACGACUAACAUUAAAGAAGAAAAAAACAGCGAUUCGCCUCCUCCAGAAGCCGAUGACAUCUUCAAGAAGAUGAAGGAAACUGGGCUUAUCCCUAAUGCUGUAGCCAUGCUCGAUGGGCUUUGCAAAGAUGGCCUCGUCCAGGAAGCUAUGAAACUGUUUGGCUUAAUGCGCGAGAAGGGUACCAUUCCGGAUGUUGUUGUUUACACUGCUGUUGUUGAUGGGUUUUGCAAGGCCCACAAGCUCGAUGAUGCCAAGAGGAUUUUCAGGAAAAUGCUUGAUGUUGGCAUACCUCCUAAUGCUUUCAGUUACACAGUCUUGAUUCAGGGAUUGUAUAAAUGUAAGCACCUUGAUGAUGCUGUUGAUUUCUCCUUCCAAAUGUUGGAAGCUGGUCAUUCUCCCAACGUCACUACCUUUGUGGGUUUGGUUGAUGGGUUAUGUAGAGAGAAGGGCGUUGAGGAAGCCCAGAGGGUUAUUGCUGCUUUGCGGCAAAAGGGAUUUUUCCUUAAUGACAAAACGAUAAGAGAGUUCUUGGAUAAAAAUGCACCAUUAUCUUCUUCACUUUGGGAAGCUAUAUUUGGCAAGAAACCCUCACCGAAGCCCUUUUGAUUACCGUUCUAUUGUUUAUCUAGUGCUAUUACACCUUGAGAGGGCAUUGGAGGCAUUAUUCUUUCAAGACAUGUAGAAAGCUGCAUGAAAACACUUGUGAUUUUCUCCUUAAAAAUUAAGGUGUCAACUCCUUUGGAGUAACUUUGCACCAGAAGCUGUCACAUGUCCUGGUUUAUCCAUUUUUUUUUUAUUUUUUUUAUUUUUUCUGGUCCAAUUGACCUGCGAUAUGCAAUCUAACAAACAAUGUUUCAAAUUUUCUUCAAAUCCAGAAUUUUUUUUGGUGCU